AUGUUGCUGUCGUGGAUCCUAGCUCUACGAUCUCUAGUACCCGCGAAGCGUGCGAUGGCCCUUCGAUCGCGGUACACGACACCGCGACAUGCUCCCCUCAGUCGAACAGUCGUUGCUGAGUCAAGAAUCUACGCUGAGACAGUGGUCUUUGGUCUCAAACGGUCGAGCAACAGCUUUCGUGUGCGACAAUUAGACUUGUAUCGCACCGAAGCAGAGGUAUUCGGGGCUCCGGUGUGUCGCGAGCGAGAAGUGGCUCCCGUGUCCGUCCAAGACGAAGACAUUUUGCCGAAGCAGGCUCUUAUGGUCAUUGUCUCCGAAGCAGUAGCUGCUGCUACCACAUUCGAUCGCCCGGUUUGA